AUGACUUCAAGUGCAGAAAUGAGUGACACUCAGGAGGAUAUUUAUGUGGCCUCUGUUGAGACAGACCGUGGAGUAAGAGAGCAGUUACGCCUUUACGACACAAGAGGGCUGCGCGAGGGUCUUGAUUUACCCAAACACUUUUUCUCAGUGGCUGACGGUUUCAUGCUAGUCUACAGUGUGGACAGUCUUGAGUCAUUCAAAAAAGUGGAGCUCUUGAAGAAGGAGAUUGACAGGUCCAGAGAUAAAAAAGAGGCAUAUUGUCCCAUUGACUCUGUGUUGGUGAUGGUGAUGGUAUUGGGGAACAAGUGUGAGCUGCGAGAGCGUCGGCAGGUGGAUCAGGAUACGGCCCAGCAGUGGGCACGUGGGGAGAAAGUCAAACUUUGGGAGGUGACCGUGACAGACAGAAGCACUUUAAUCGAACCCUUCACCAGCCUCACUAGUCGCCUGACGCAGCCUCAGAGCAAGUCUGCCUUCCCUCUGCCCGGCCGCAAGAGCAAAGGAACCCCAUCUAAUGACAUCUGAACACCACACUAGAAGAUUUGCACUGUAUUUGAGUGUCUGUGUUUCUUUCAGGCUUAUAAGAAAGAGUGUAACUAGGAGUAGAUCUACAGUAGUCAACAUUCGAAGGGCAUCAAAAAGGACAAGAAUGGGUGUUGUUCAAUAGUUUGAGCACAACUUUGAGGAAAGGCGAUAAUCUAUUUUAAAUGUUGACAACCGUAGCUACUCACGUUUUUUUUUUUUUUUUUUUGACUGUUCUGUGGUGAUGGAACAAAAAGGUAGAACCUACAGAUUAGUUUGCUUGGCUCACUCUAAUUAAUUACAUUGUUGUAAUUAAAUUGGCUUCCUUUAUGUGAAAGAUUGUUUAUACUUCAAAUAUUUGGGGAUGGAAUUGAACCUGGACAAUAAAGUCAACAGUUGCAUCUUUACAUAAUGGAGAAUACAGAAUGAAACCAAUUGUUUUGAUUCCGUAUCCUACAGAUGUGAACUUCAACUGCACGUAUUCAGGAACUGUACAUCAUUUUCAGUUAGGAUAUGCAAACAUUGUGCUUCUGUUUAAAUAAGUGUCAUCCAGUUAUUUAGUGUUCAGUUUUUUCUUUUUGGAGUUUUCAAUGUGAACACCACAUGCACUGUUCAUACUAAAACUCCACAAGUCUGAAUAUUUUAUUCACACAUAUGAUUGCAAGCACAAAACUAUAUAUACCUCUCACUAUGUUUAGAUUAUUUGUGGCAGCAUCAUUUGAAAUGUUUUCCAGUAAUUAUAAAUGGACGUUCUCCAAAGUAAAUGUGCACUCCACGAUUUAAAAUGUACUCAUGAGCAUACAAAAGUGAAUGCAAAGUAUGAAUUUUGAAGCUUGUAUUUUAUUAAAUGUGUCUAUUAUGUGAAUAAUGUUUGUG